AUGACUCCCCCAUCUCGUGCCUCCUGGCGGCCCAAGGUUCUGCGCUUGGGAAUUAUCGAGAGUGCUUUCGAUGCCUGGAAGCAGGUCGAAGAGAUUGCGGAAAUUGUCGUGCCCGAGUCUACAAACCGGGAGGACUUCAUCAAAGAAUGCCGCAGCGGUGCCUUUGACGGCGCGACCAUCGCCUACCGCACCUUUGACUCGGUCAAGAUCACAGGGCGAAUUGACAGCGAACUCAUCGACGCCCUCCCGGCCUCACUCAUUUUUAUAUGCCACAACGGCGCCGGGUACGACCAAAUUGAUAUUGCUGCUUGCAGCAACCGUGCCUUCCUUGAGGAUAAACCUCCCAUACGCGUCUCCAACACACCGACCGCUGUCGACGAUGCCACGGCAGACAUUGGCAUCUGGCUCAUGCUCGGUGCUCUACGUAACCUGAACAGUAGCAUCACCUCGCUGCGGAAAGGAGAGUGGCGUGGCAAGAGGCUGCCCGCCCUCGGCCACGACCCUCAGGGAAAGGUCCUCGGUAUCCUAGGCAUGGGCGGCAUUGGUCGCAACAUGGCCCGCAAGGCCCGCGUCUUUGGCAUGAAGAUCCAGUAUCACAACCGCAAACCCAUUGCCCCUGAACUGGAGGCCGAGUGUGAGGCCCGGUACGUCAAUUUCGACGAGCUACUCAAGACGAGCGACGUCAUCAGUCUCAAUCUACCUCUGAAUGACAAUACCAGACACAUCAUCUCGACCCCGCAGUUUGAAAUAAUGAAGAAAGGCGUAAUCGUUGUCAACACAGCCCGGGGUGCCGUCAUUGACGAAAACGCGCUCGUCGCCGCUCUUGACAAGGGUCAUGUCGCCUCGGCCGGCCUCGACGUCUACGAAAACGAGCCGCAAGUCCACGAGGGUCUCCUUGCCAAUCCCAACGUGCUGAUAGUUCCACACAUGGGCACGUGGACUGAAGAGACGCAGACCAAGAUGGAGGAGUGGACCAUAUCCAAUGUUGUGUCGGCCAUCAAGCAAGGGGAGCUGCGCAGCAUAGUACCAGAGCAGAAGAUCCCCGUCGCUGGACCUUAG